AAUUUGAUGGAUCACCGCAGUUCCCUCCAUUCGCUGUUACAUUAUCGUUUGUUACAUUUAAUUGCAACUAACGUUUCUGGCUUAAGCGUAUCAAACGUUGUGAUAGCAAAGCAACACUUAAGAAUGUUGCAAUUAAAUUAGGAUUACGAUCGCAAGUAAAACCUUGAGUGGAAUGCACGAUGUAAUACUUGCUUUAUCAUGAUUGAGAUAAUGUUUUCGAACGAAUGUCCACACAUGUGCUUUGCGCUUUCCAGUGGAGGGCAGGCGUUUUGAAACGACGUCGUGAAAAUGUUCCCCCGAUUGUUUGUGUUCGGAAUUUACUUUCCGCCGGGUACAAAAUAUUCACUGGUUAUGAGAAUAAACGAAUGUAUGUCGAGUCUAUUACGAUAGCCCGUUUUACGCGUCGGUCGCUUUAUUUUGAUAAAUAAUUUAGGUUAAGGUGUUACACCGGACACGCGUAUAACCUGUCAAGUACGCUAAACGUUGAUUAGCAAUGGAAGAUGAAGAGAAAAAGUGUGAAGACGCGGAGCCGAAUGAAUUUUACUUCGAAUCCGAUCAUUUAGCGCUAAAGGGAAACAAAGAUUACACGACACUUUUGAAAACGAUUGUAAUUCUCGAGUCGCAACGCGUUCAAGCCAUAGAGGAUUUAGAUAAACUUUUAUUAAUCCGUUCGAAAGCACUGAAGGAUCCAAUAUCUUUCGUCGCCCAAAUACAAAAUGGUGAACUUCCAGAGUUACCAGGACCCCAAAAAAUAGCGGAGAUUCCUUACAUCGACUGGACGCAAUACAACAUAGCUAUACCCGAUAUGCGUAUGAGGCCACAAACGAGACACGGACACGUACUACCUCAUAUGCAAACAAAAACAGAACAAGAAAAUGGAAAGAUUUUAGUACGUGGACGCGCUUUCGAUGAAAGUAAGCCAGAAACUUUCAAUCAGCUGUGGACAGUGGAAGAGCAGAGGAGAUUGGAAGAACUUUUGAUCGAGUAUCCACCGGAAGAAGUAGAAAUGAGACGGUGGACCAAAAUAGCUAAUGCUUUAGGCAAUAGGACUCCGAAACAAGUUUCUAGCAGAGUUCAGAAAUAUUUCAUCAAACUCUUAAGAGCUGGACUGCCUAUACCUGGUAGAGGCCCCAAAGUAAAAUUGGAUGCUAAAAGAGGAAUAGGUCAUAGACACCAACGAACUAAUUACUCGUUAUUCAGACGUUCUACGUUCUUUCCACAUCAGGAUAUGUCUUUUACCAUGCCCGACGAAAGUAAAGAGCUACCAGUUACAGAAGAAUCUGAAGAUGAUGCCGGGAAUAGUAUUAUCGAUGAUAAUCCUGAAUUAAGGCAUAUAGAAUUAUUAAGACAAGUGAAAGCCGAGAAAGAAGAUAAUUCUUCUCCCGAAUAUAAACAUAUUGGAUACAAGUGUUCAAUCUGUGGAGAAGAACCUUUAACAGGUACAAGAUGGCAUUGCAUAGAAUGCCUCGAUGGAACUGAUAUUUGUGGUGAUUGUGCGGUCGCGCAAUUAGAAACUGAUAACCCAGUUCAUAAUGCAUUACAUAGACUAAUACCUGUAAAACCACCACAAUAUUCUAGAAACUACGAUUUAGACUAUUUUCCACAAAGUUUUAGUAAUUCUUCUUACAAUUAUUUGGAUCCUAACUUUUUACCUGAAUAA